ACUCACAUCUGUCAUUUUUUGUAGCUGUGCUACUUGUUUCUUUUAUUUUGGUUCGUACUAUUGUAUAGUUUACAAGAUGUUCCUUUUGACUGUGUAAAAAAUGGACCAGCAAUUCUCAUUGUCCUGGAACAAUUUCCAUGGGAACCUUACAAAAGGUUUCGCUGGAUUAUUAGGUAACGGUGAAUUCGUAGAUGUAACUAUUGCUGUAGACGGACAUUUAUUACAGGCCCAUAAAGUAAUACUGUCAAUAUGUUCACCUUACUUCAAGAAAAUGUUCCAAUUGAAUCCAUGUCAACAUCCUAUUGUGGUUCUAAGAGAUGUUUCCCACAAAGCUAUGAAAGAUCUACUUCAGUUCAUGUAUCAUGGAGAAGUGAGUGUAAAACGAGAAGAUCUCACUAGUUUCAUAGGUACAGCAGAAGUGCUACAAAUAAAAGGAUUAACGAACAAAGAGACUGAUGAAGAAGAUAAUGAAAAAGAACAAGAUCUGUCAAAGCAUAGUGUAGAAUAUCAAAAUGGCAUUUCAGAAGGAGAAUCUUGUAAUACAGAUCCUGUAGAAAAUGCUUCAACAAUGAUAGAGGAAAUAAAACAUAACAAUGACAUAGAUCUCUUAAAACAGCAGCAAUUUAUAGAAAAACUUCAAAGACUUAGUAAUCUUAAAAGAAAAUCAGAAGAAUUGUUACAGAAAAGUUACUUUUCAGAGAUGUUAAAUUCAGAAAAAAAAAUUAAACUCAAUGAAAAUCUUUUUUGCAAGCAGAAUAAUCCUGUGUUGCAUAGCUAUGACAAUUACAAAAGUAUUUAUGAAGAUAAACUGGUGCAUAAUUCAUCUUCAUUCAAAACCCAUUCAAAUGUUGGUAAUAUUGAUAAAGAUAUAAAUGAUAAAUCUACAGAGCAGACUUUAUCAGAAAAUAACUUGGAGUUAAAGACAGAAUGUGAUGACAUGGAUAUCAUAGUAACAGACCCUGCUAUAUGCACUACUCCUAAGUCUUAUGAUGGUAAUAAUGAUGGAAAGAAAGAAUUAUCUAUGGCUCUAGAGUACCAGUCACCACAAGACAGUGCACUUUCUCUUGUUGUGAAUGGUUCGAACGAGAGUCUGCAAUUGCCUGUUCGCUACAAGUAUAUUUAUAGUAGAAAAGGUCAUAAACAGUUAGUGCAUAUGAACUUCGUUUACACAAAGCACUCGACAACCCACGGCAAGACAUCCUGGAGGUGUGUUCAAUAUUUUUCACUCAACCGGUGUCCGGCGACCGUAGAAACUAUUGAUGCAAUGAUUUAUGCAGUGAAUCAUCAACACAACCAUGAAGAUUGCUACGAGAAACUCGUAAGAAACAACAUUUAUGAAAUGAACAUGUCCCCCAAGUGAAUUGUAAGAUUAUUUAUAAAAUGUAAAGUUCCUAUAUUUAUUUUUAAUAUGAAAUUCCGGUUAAUAAGACUAAUAUUAUGUACAUAUUCUUGAAAUAUUAUAUUUUAAUUAUCAUUUGUAAUGAUCUAGUCGAUGCAUAGCGUCACUCUAUUCACAAGCCUAAUAGUAAAGGAGCUUGUGACAAAAAUUUGUAAGAAUUUCAUAACGCUUAAUGCAAACAGUACGCGUAAACUUACUCAGUACACAGUGCAGCGACAGCGCCGCCGUUACAAAACUUGCAUAUUUUUGUCACGAGCUCUCGCUUCUACAAUAAAAAACUUUAUGUAAAUGAAAUUUGACAUUUAUUAUAAAUAACUGUAUUAUUUACAUUUUAACAAGUUGUUAUGUACAAUUCAUAUUUUUAAAUGUUUUGUUGGAGUAUCUGUUUUUGCAGCAAGCAUAGCAGCCAUUCUCUUUCUGGGUCUAUGUUUUUUACUGAAUCCUAUUCCUGAAAGAUGAAAUUUAUUUAUAUUCAUACAUAAUAUACUACUGAUAUUUGAUGAUGUUUUAAAUCAGCUUUAUUCCAAUUGAAUUGAACUGUAAAUUGUCUGAAAAUUACUUAAUAUCCAUUCAUUAAAGUGAGAAAAGACAAGAAUUCUCCACUUUUAUUGAAAUCCUUAUUCCAUUAAUUAAAGGUUAUUUUUCAAAUAUGUAAAAAAUAAUCAAUUUUUUUUAAAUAUGCUAUUAAGUGGUUAAAAUCGACGCCACUUUGAUUUCGAUUUCCGUCGCUACAACAAUAUAAAAGGUAAAAAUAUCACCCUUAAACUGUUCAUAAGGAAUAUUUCUUUGGUGUUACGUUACGAAAAUAUAAAAUUAUUUAUAAUUUUCCAGAUUGAACAAAUGAAACAUUACCUUUAAAAUCAUCUUGAUAUUGCCAUGCUAUAUGCCAUAUUAUUGCAAAUUGUUAAUUAUCGAGGGUGGGAACACCCAUAAAAGAUUUUUCCCUCAGGGUAAAAUUAGUUUUGUAUUAACUUUUCUAUUAUACUUUUUUAUUUAUUUCUAUUAACUUUAUAUAACUUUUCUAUUCUAAGUUCGGAAACUAUCUGCAUAAUUAGUAUUAUUAUAGAGACUACUUAUUUAUAAAUAUAAUCACUUACGAAUAUC